AUGGGCUUUCUCAUAUCAUGGCUCAUAGGGACCCUUCUCCAUAUGAGGAAGAUUGAAGACCCAGAGAGUGGCCCUGAUUCGUCAUCUCUUCCCUUUGAAGCAACUGCUACUACUGCUACUAUCUCUGAUUACGUGCAUAACAUAUCUCCAGAUGACACUAUCUCAUAUCCAGUAGCUAAUAAACACGCUAGGAAAAACCUCAAGAAGAACAAAAAGAACACACACCACAAGGAAAACGACAUAUUAGAAGCUCAUAUCAAUAAAAUCCAAGAUACAGCGUUAAGAGAAUCAUUAUCUUUCCAUAAUAAAAGGAUUGCAAUCUUGAAUUCAGACCCAGCAUCAAGAACUUUCUUAGUAUGGUUCUUCAUAUCCUGUUAUUUCCCUGUAAUUACUGCAUGUUUGGGACCCAUCGCGAAUACUAUAUCCAUUGCAUGUGUGGUGGAGAAAUGGAGAGCCAUUGCGGAGGUGGACCCUACAGAUGGGAAUGUGAUGGGUCAUCGAUUGAAUGAUAGGAAGGGUAUAUUCGCUGUCAAUAUUUUGUCAUUGAUUUUCGGAUUUAUAUCAAAUAUUAUCUUAGUUUGUCAUUUUGCUAAAAAAAUUAGCUAUUUGAAAGCUCAAGUUUUAAAUUUGAUAGGUUGGACUACAGCUGGUUUAUUGUUAUUGAUUGAUAUUAUUAUUUGUACUAACAUUGAUUUUCAAGGGGCCAAUAAAAGAACAAUUGGGUUUUGGUACGCUUGUUUCACUACAGGUUUGUAUCUUGGUUGUACUUUAACAUUGACUAUCCAUUUCAUUGGUUACAGUUUGAAGAAAUAUCCGGCAACUUUCAAUUUACUGCCCAGAGAGAGAAGUAUUAUGGGGUAUACAGUUUGUCUUUCCCUUUGGUUAAUUUGGGGGUCAGGAAUGUUUUCUAGUCUCUUGGGGAUUUCAUAUGGGAAUGCUCUUUAUUUUUGUACAGUUUCACUAUUAACAGUUGGUUUCGGUGAUAUUUUACCUAAAUCAGUGGCAUCGAAGAUAAUGAUAUUGGUUUUCUCCUUGACAGGUGUUAUCAUUCUUGGGUUGAUUGUAUUUAUGACGAGAUCUAUCAUUCAAAAAUCGGCAGGCCCCAUUUUUUAUUUCCAUAGAAUUGAAAGAAGUAGAAACCAUAUUUGGGAAAAGAUUAAAUCUGGAGAAUUAAAAUUAUCCAAUGAGGAAAGUUUCCAAAAGAUGAUGAAAAUUAGAAAAAUAUCAAAAUUUAAACAACAUUUUUUCUCAUUGACUUCCACAAUUAUCAUUUUCUUGUUCUUUUGGUUAUGUGGUGCUGUAGUGUUCAUGUUUGCAGAAGAUUGGUCAUAUUUCAAUUGUAUGUAUUUUUGUUUCCUUUGUUUAUUGACCAUUGGAUAUGGUAGUGAUUUUGCUCCAAAGACUCCACCAGGAAGAGCAUUCUUCGUCAUUUGGGCUAUUGGAGCAGUACCAUUGAUGACCGCAAUUUUAUCUACCGUAGGUGAUAUUGUUUAUGAUCUUUCUACAACUAUUGAUUCAAUAUUUGCCAAAAGAUUUGGUCGUGGAGUACAGUAUCUACUUCUCAGUGGUAAAGAUGCAUUAGGAUCCAUAUUAAUGAAUACUGGUGACAUUGUUAACGAAAGUGAUGCUGCAACCGAUUUAGAAGAAAAUGGGAUUUCAAAUGAACUUGAUCAAGAGCAAAACCAAGAAGUGGAAGAAGGAUUGGCAAGGGUAACUCCUGAUACCUCUACAGAAACAAGUCUGAAUACAAUUUCCUCUCGUUCAGACAAUGGAUUUUCCGAUGACGAUGACGAUGAAAGCAUACAAAAUUAUUUACAUCCAUUUAUUUCCUUAGUUUCGGAUACAUCAACAGUAUCUCAACGAGCACAUCCUCAAUAUCAUAAAUUGAAAAAAUUGGAAUCCUUAUUGAGAGCAGUUGAUAGAUUACAUAAGAUGGCAGUGUCAGAUGAAAAACAUUUUUUCACAUAUGAAGAAUGGACUCAACUUCGAGCAUUAAAUAAUCCACCAGGAAGUAUAGAAGAUAUUAAUUAUUGGUUAUCAAGUGAUACCCCAUUGAAAUAUCCCAUUAAUCAACCACAUUUUGCAUUUGUUAGUUUAUUCAAGAAAAUUGAAUAUGUAUUACAAGAAUUAAUUGAAGAGGAAACUUUGUAUAAACCACUUUCCAAAUUAGAAAGGCCUAAAUCACGAUCGCAGUCGUCGAUUCCAACGUUACCUUAUAGAUCCAGAAGAUCCACAAUCGGGUAG